CUGUAUUCUACAGAGUGCCAUCAUGUUUUCAGGUAUAAGAUUAGCAGAUUUCUCAGAUCCUCUAGCAAAAUCAUGAAUUUGUAGCUAAGCAUUCCAGGGAAGAAUCCCAAAGCACCAAGACUAAUCCUACAAACUGAAGACCCUGGUAUAGUUAAAUUGAGUUUCCUUAUCUUAAAUGAAAACUGUGCCUUCUGGCUUGUUCAUACUCCCAACUCCUUCUUGUAAUGUUGGAAACAUUGUCCUGCCAUGUCCUACUGUCUAGGAAAAGAAAUUCUAGAGAAUUGCAAAAUUGAAUAUUAAACAGGAUCUGAGCUACAGGAGAAUCUAAUGGGGUUGAUAUGCAUUCACAGGUAAUUUUUCCUUGAGACUACUUCUGCCUUUUGCAAAGGAAACAGUUUAGGAUUAUCUCCCUCCCCACCCCUAAGUAGCUGAAGCAUUUCAUUUGAUCAUUAGUUUACACAAAAUAAUUAUGGUUAUCACCACAAACUAUUGUAAUGAUCAGCUUUUUGUAGGUUGUAAAUAAUGCAAUGAUAUCAAAAUGUCCCUUGUUCUUUUUCCCCUAGGAAUCAGACCUUGAGGAUCUCAGGGUAGAAAUGUCUUCUUGCAAUAAUUCCAUUCCUCAGCCCUUGAUAUUUGUCCUGGCUGGAAUUCCUGGCCUGGAAUCUUUCCAUGGCUGGUUCUCUGUGCCUUUUUUCUUGGUAUUUGUCACUACAGUUAUUUGCAAUGCCACCAUCUUAUGUAUUAUCCGGCUGGAAAAGAGUCUUCAUGAGCCCAUGUUUCUCCUCCUGGCCAUGCUAUCAGUCGUUGACCUGUGCCUGGUCAGUGUUACUGUGCCCCGUAUGCUGGGUAUCUUCUGGAUGAAUGCCAAGGAAAUCAGCUUUAAUGCCUGUCUUGCACAGAUGUUUUUCAUCCCUUCCUUUUAUGUCAUGGAGUCUGGGAUUCUCCUGACCAUGGCUUUUGACAGAUUUGUGGCUAUCUGGUACCCUCUGAGGUAUAGAACUAUUCUUUCUAGCAACAUGCUUGUGAAGAUGGCAUUGGCUAUCCUGGCAAGGACAGUGGCAGUGCUGACCCCAGCACCCAUUCUGACACAAAGACUGGAAAGCUUCCAAACCCACGUAAUUGCUUACUCUUACUGUGCGUACAUGGCUGUGGUACUGAUAGCCUGUGGAGACAUCUCUGAGCACAUUGUCUAUGGAGUCAUGGUUAUUGUAGCAUCUGUGGGAUUUGAUUUGUUUUUUAUCAUUCUGUCAUAUGGACUUAUCCUCCAUGCUGUCUUUCGGAUACCGUCUUGGGAUGCACGGGGCAAAGCUCUCAGCACGUGUGGCUCUCAUCUUUGUGUCAUUGGUCUCUUUUAUUCUCCUGUUGUCUUCUCUGUUCUGGCCCAGAUCUUAGGCUACCAUAUGGCUCCUCAUCUGCAGAUCAUCAUUGACAAUCUCUAUUUCCUGGUGCCUCCCAUGGUCAACCCCUUAAUUUAUGCGGCCCGGACCAAGCAAAUGCGAGAGUGGGUGCUGCGGAUCCUUCACUGUCAUGGAGACCGAGGUUGAUGCCUUUGAUGGACAGGACACUUGGGCAUGUGGAG